AUGGCGCUCACCGUCAAGCAGCUCCACGGCGCGUCCAGCUUCCUCCUCACCUUUGAGCCCAUUGACACCUCCGACGUCGCCCUCUCCACGCAGCCCUUUCACAUCCUCCUGGACCCUUGCAUCGUCGCCGCCGACGCCGACCUUGCUCUCUCCGCCAUCGACGUCGCCCUCAUCAGCAGUCCCCGCCGCUGCCACUGCCAUGAGCCCACCCUGCGGCGCCUUCCCCCCCGCACGCGCAUCCUCGCCGCACCGCUCGCCGCGCGCCGCAUCCGCGGCUGGCGCCACUUUCACACCGUCGAGACCCUCCCGCGGUGGGACGACAGCGCCCGCGGCGCGCGUAGGGACGAGGAGCGCGACAAGAUACUGCGAAUCCCCGUCCUAUCCAGAAUUUUAGGCGGCGAGCCCGGCGAGGUGACCCUGACGUACAUUGGGCCGAAGCGCGGGUCGCAUGUCGCGAUUGGGAUUACGUACCGGCCGCCAAUGGUCCGCCGACGCACGGCCAGCCCAGUCCCAACGCCUCCGCUGCGGCUCCCCACUCCGGCGCCGAGCUUCUCCGCCGACGACGGCGGCGGCAGCAGCAGCAGCAGCGUCACUUCCGGCAGCCCGCCGCUUUUCCUCCCCGCCACGCCACCACCACCACCACCACUCACACACACCGCAACUCCUACCAGCGCGAGAUCCUGCGGCAUACAGGACAGCACCGUAUCGGUCGUGUUUGCGCCGCACGGCAUCGCGUAUACCGCGCUGCAAGGCUACGCGACCGCGCACCUCCUGCAGGAAUCGGCACUGCCGCUGACCGCUCUUCUAUACUGCUUUGACAAUGUCUCGCCGCCGUGGUAUUCCUACCGUCACCACACCCACCGCCGCCGCAGCGCGCUUGCGGGCCAGGAGACGGCGGCGGCGCUGGGUGCGCGCGCGUGGAUCGGCGCGCGCGGCAGCAGCGGCGGCGGCGACAAGGACGGUCAAAGGGCCGUCGAGGUGCAGCGCGCGUUGGAUAGGUGUUUUGCAGACGGCGGAGAGGCGUCGCCGGAUGGAAGUAAGCGUCACCUGCUGACGGGGUCGCCGGGCGGCGGCGGCGGCGGCGGCGGCCAUCACUAUCCGACCGAGGUGCGGGCGCUGGCGGUGGGCGAGGAGAUUGCAAUGACGAGCGAGGGGGUGUGGGAGGAGGAGACGCUAUUUUCGGACGAGGGCAAGAGGUCGCUGGAGUUGCUGGGGCUGGGGCUGGAUAUGGGUAGUGAGAAGGGGUUGCUGCCCGUGGACUGGCUGGGCAACGCCUGGUGA